UUUACCAAAAAAAAAAUGCUGUAAUUAAAAUGUUGUAAAGAAAAGGAAAUUACAAAAAUAAUAAAUAAAUAAAAAGGAAAAAAGGCAAAGCUAACUGUCCACGGCCAAGACAUUAAAUUUAGGGUAUACAAAAUCUGAAAUUUGUAAUCACAAAAAGGCUGCAAAAAAGAUGAAAUGAAUUAAAUUAUUUAUUGACUAAAUUCUCAUCUUUUUAUUUUUUUAUUUUUUAUAUUUUAUUUUAUUUUUUACUCUCAAAUCCAAUAUGGAUAAUAUGGAUAAUCUCACCACCCCGCCAAAUCCAGUAUAAAUACCCCCAAUCUCAUUCCCAUUUUUCACCACUCUACUCCUCUGCAUGUAUAUACAUACACAGAUAUACACACAUUUUAGAGAGAGAAAGGGGUUUUAAUUACUGAGAUAUAUAUAUAGAGAGAGAGGGAGAUCGAGUUCAAUGGAGGUGAAAAACAGUGGUGCGACUGCGACGUCGUCUUCCUUUCAGCUGCAGCAGCAGAAUCCGCCGCCGCUGGCGGCGGAGCCACUGCGGAAGAUCAUCCUCGUGGCGGCGAUUGCGGCCGGGGUGCAGUUCGGAUGGGCCCUACAGCUCUCCCUGCUGACGCCGUACGUGCAGUUAUUGGGGAUACCCCACACAUGGGCGGCUUUCAUUUGGCUGUGCGGCCCGGUUUCGGGUUUGUUGGUCCAGCCAAUAGUUGGAUACUACAGUGAUAACUGUACCUCCCGAUUCGGGCGGCGGAGGCCGUUCAUCGCCGCCGGGACAGCUCUCGUCGCGGUGGCUGUUUUUCUCAUCGGUUUUGCUGCCGAUUUGGGGCAUGCAGCCGGCGAUUCGACCGGGAAGGGCUCCAAACCUAGGGCUAUUACUGUUUUUGUUGUUGGAUUUUGGAUUCUCGAUGUUGCUAACAACAUGUUACAGGGGCCUUGUAGGGCACUGUUGGCUGAUUUAUCAGGCGGAAAUGCGAGAAAAAUGAGUGCUGCAAAUUCGCUGUACUCCUUUUUCAUGGCGGUGGGGAAUGUUCUAGGCUACGCCGCCGGCGCGUACACCCGCUUGUAUAGAAUAUUCCCUUUCUCCAAAACCAGCGCCUGCGAUUUGUACUGCGCAAAUCUCAAGAGCUGUUUUUUGAUCUCCAUAGCUCUUCUGGUGACUCUGACCGUUCUCGCACUGACAAUGGUGCACGAAAAAGCCGCCGCCGCAUCUCCGCCGGAACAGGCGGCGACGGUUAAAAAGAGGGGUUUCCCGGUGUUUGGGGAAUUAUUCGGUGCGCUCAAGGACUUGCCUAGACCCAUGUGGAUGCUGCUGCUGGUGACGUGUCUGAACUGGAUUGCUUGGUUUCCGUUCCUGUUGUUCGACACUGAUUGGAUGGGGAAAGAGGUGUACGGAGGGAAGGUUGGUGAGGGAAACUUGUACGACAAAGGGGUACGCGCCGGUGCGUUGGGGCUGAUGCUGAAUUCUGUGGUGUUGGGUUUGGCUUCUCUGAGUGUGCAGUUCUUGGCGCGUGGGCUUGGUGGGGUGAAGAGAUUGUGGGGAUUGGUGAAUUUCUUGCUGGCGGUUUGUUUGGCCAUGACUGUUUUGGUCACCAAGAUGGCGCAGCACACGCGGCGGUACGUCGGUGACGAGGCCACCGCCGCCACGCUUAUGCAGCCGGUGGCUGGUGUAAGGAUCGGGGCUUUGGCCCUCUUCGCUGUCCUCGGCAUUCCUCUAGCGAUAACUUACAGCAUUCCAUUUGCUUUGGCAUCCAUAUUUUCCAGUAACUCUGGUGCUGGACAAGGUCUAUCCCUGGGAGUUCUAAAUCUUGCAAUAGUUAUACCACAGAUGGUGGUGUCUGUGGCAAGUGGGCCGUGGGAUGACUUAUUCGGGGGCGGAAACCUACCGGCGUUCGUGGUGGGAGCGGUGGCUGCUGCCGCUAGCGGUAUUUUCGCACUCACAAUGCUUCCAUCACCACCUUCUGACGAUGCAUCAACCAAGGCUUUGAGUAGUGCCGGUGGAUUUCACUGAAAAUGUCUUAUGUUCGGUAGCUAGUAGCCUUAAAGCUUUCUUGUUUUUUUUUGGGGGGGGGAUUGAAAAUUGCAUAUGUUAGUGUUCGUUUUGGGGCGCUUGUAAUUUUUAAAGCUUCCCCCGUUUUCUUCUCCCUCUCGUGUCGAAAACUACAAAAAAAAAAUGUGUACACAUACACUAAGCGUGACAGUAUAGUUUAUUGUACUAUGUUA